CCGCCGCCGACCUCCGCGGCAUCUGAAGCACGCCAGCCGACGACGAGAGGCGGGGGGCGGGCGAGCGGCCCCGAUAGCUCCGCGUCGAUACCCGACGUGGAAAUCGACCGCCCCACCCGUGCCGGCACGGUUUCUUCCAGAGUUGUCCUGGUUUGCUGCGGCCUGGGAGCUACUAUAUUGAAGGUUGAAGUUUUGUGGUGCAUCCAGCAAAUAUUUCAAUGGCGCUGCUACAGUUUGGAGGUACCUUGGCUCCUAAACUUGGGGAAAAACCUCAGCUGUUGCCCAGAUCACCUGCACUUGCAAGAGUUCUUUGUGCUGAUCCAAGAUUUCUGGUGUCGAAAAAUAGUACUGGAGUCAGAUCUAAACACCUUGUGGCACCUACUGCUAGUUUACAUUCGCGGACAUCUUCUCGACUAUUAAACCAUGGGUCAUCACCAAGAUUUCGCAGUCGAAGGGGUUCACGGUUUAUCGUCAGAGCUGACGCUGAUUUCUAUUCCGUACUUGGUGUUUCAAGAAAUGCUAGUAAAUCUGAAAUCAAGAGUGCCUAUCGAAAGCUUGCUAGGAGUUACCAUCCUGAUGUGAACAAAGAUCCUGGUGCUGAACAAAAGUUCAAGGAUAUUAGCAAUGCUUAUGAGGUUUUGUCUGAUGAUGAGAAGCGAUCGAUCUAUGAUAAAUAUGGAGAAGCUGGUUUGAAGGGUGCUGGAAUGGGAACAGGAGAUUACUCAAACCCAUUUGAUCUCUUCGAAUCAUUAUUCGAAGGCUUUGGUGGAAUGGGGGGGAUGGGAGGUCGUGCUGCUCGUAACAGACCAAUGCAGGGUGAUGAUGAGUCUUACAACCUGGUACUCAAUUUCAAGGAAGCGGUAUUUGGUGUAGAGAAAGAAAUUGAGAUAACCAGACUGGAAGGCUGUAAUACAUGUGAUGGAACUGGUGCCAAGCCUGGCUCAAAGCCAACCACGUGCAAAACAUGUGGAGGUCAAGGACAAGUGGUCUCCUCCACAAGAACACCACUUGGAAUAUUCCAGCAGGUCUCCACCUGCAAUACUUGUGGAGGCACUGGUGAAUUCUCCACCCCAUGCAACACUUGUGGGGGUGAUGGUCGAGUGCGGAAGACAAAAAGGAUCAGUCUGAAGGUUCCUGCUGGAGUUGAUUCUGGAAGUAGGUUGAGGGUCCGGUCUGAGGGGAAUGCUGGACGGAGAGGAGGCCCUCCUGGAGAUCUUUAUGUGUUUAUUGAUAUUCUCUCUGAUCCUGUUCUUAAGAGAGAUGGGACAAACAUUCUAUACACAUGCAAGGUUUCAUAUAUUGAUGCAAUUCUUGGGACAACUGUUAAGGUUCCCACUGUUGAUGGGAUGGUUGACCUGAAGAUCCCCUCAGGUACCCAGCCAGGUACAACUUUGGUAAUGUCCAAGAAAGGUGUCCCCCUCCUCGGCAAGUCAAAUGCUCGUGGAGACCAGCUAGUGCGUGUGCAGGUUGAGAUUCCAAAGCGUCUGAGCAGCGAUGAAAGAAAGCUGAUUGAAGAACUGGCGAACCUCAACAAAGCUCAAACAGCAAACAGCAGAAGAUAGAUAAUUUCACAAGGCUUCAUUGGACAACAUGCUUUUGCAAUAUGCAAUUUUAACGCAAAUUGCAGUGACUGAAUGGGCAUGAACUGGUAAAUCACUUCACAAACUGUAUGCUCAUACUGCGCCGAACCACCGGUGGAAAUGGUGAAACUUCAUGUCUGUAACUUCAUUUUUAAGCGAUAGAAAAUCUAGUUCAAUUCAAAACACCAAACGUACGGUGUUUUACAGUAGCUUGUCAUAUGCUUUUAGGCGAGCUUAUUAGUCUAUUUCUCAUAAUACAUUUCACAAUUUUGGAAGGCCUAGGGAGAAUUAUUUUAUGGUGGAAAAAAGGAGUUUCAACAUUUGUUUGUUGCAGUAGCAUCAGACCAUUCCGAUGACAUUGUAAAACUGUAACAUCAAGUUUUGGCAGCAGGUUUUCAUGUGGUGUUAUGCGUUGGUUGUUUG